CUUGGCCUCUCCCGCCCCUCCUCCCUGCACAAAGAAAACCUCAACAACGAUGCACCCCUUGCUAAACAUCCCGCUCAGCGGCGGCUGCGCGUUCCCGCCGGUCGCAGCUGCGCUGCGGUUGCCGGCGGCGUCUCUUCCCUGUAGAAGCGCUGGCAGCGCCAACCGGAGGCGGCGGCCCAGUUUAACGCGGGCUGGCUCCGAUGGCUCCGACGGUGCUACCGCUGGCGCGGUAACGGAAGGAGAGGGCGCCGAACCGUCGGCCGAGAAGCCGCCGCCAGUAGUUAACCCCAAGAUCGAGAAGGAGCUCAAGAAGGCUGUGCAGAAGACCGCGGCGACGUUUGCGCCGAGGGCGUCCACCGCUAGCAAGAACCCCGCCGUGCCCGGAUCCACUCUGUACACCAUCUUCGAGGUCCAGGCGUACGCCUCCAUGCUUGCCGGCGGAGCCCUUUCCUUCAACCUCGUCUUCCCCUCCAGCGAGCCCGACAUUUGGAGGCUCAUGGGGAUGUGGUCCAUCUGGAUGUUCACUAUACCUUCUCUUCGGGCCCGUGACUGCUCAAACAAGGAGAAAGAGGCUCUCAACUAUUUGUUUAUCCUGGUCCCUCUAAUCAACGUUAUCAUCCCAUUCUUUGUGAAAUCAUUCGCAGUUGUCUGGUCAGCAGAUACAGUUGCUUUCUUCGUGAUGUAUGCGUGGAAGCUGGGGUGGCUGCAAAAGACCGAGUGAAGCAUUUCCUUAUGAGAGGAGCACUUCAUCUGCAAAUUUUGCUGGAUUCUUGUGGAGGGCAUGCAUUUAUGAAAUUAUUUGAAGAUAUAGUGUAUCCGAGUUUUGUGCAUACCCAUGAAAAAUGGGAUUUUGACAUCAAAUUGCUAAAUAGAUGUACCUGCAGUCUAAAUUGUGACAUUUAUGUGAACUAGGAAAUAGGCAGCUCUGAAUGUACCUACUGUGAUAAAAUGCAGCAGGUGCAGCAACUUGAAAACACAUGUAUGGUUCCAGUGAAGUAUGAGACUUGGUGUGCAUAUAUUUCCAUGAAAGAGAAAUCAAAUCCAGACA